AUGAUGCACCUGUCCACCGCCGCCCGGCAAGCUGUGUGCCCGCGCUCUGAAUCGCGCCGCACCGCGACCAGGACGCACGCCGCCACCGGCCGCCGCGCCCUGCUGGGCAUCGCCACGCUGCUCCCCGCGGCACCCGCGCUCGCCCUGAUCCCCGAUGACGACGACGAGGAGCUCGUCGCGAAGGCCAAGGCCAACCGCAAGGCCCGCCUGGCCGAGCAGCGCGUCACGGAGCGCGAGUUCGCCGUCGCGGAGGGCCAGAAGAACCUGAAGCUGGAGUCCAAGCUGCCGCCCGUCCAGACGGCCGUCAACUCUCUCAUCAAGACGGCGGACGCGCUGAGCAAGGACCAGGUCGACGCGUCGUUCCUCGCGCCCGCCGUCGUCAGCGGGCUCAGCGACGCCGCGGCGCAGAUCAGCACGACGCCGUCCGCGAAGGACGCGGUCGGGCCGAUGAUGGCGUCGAUCGGCGACCUGACGUCGGCGCUGGCGAAGGGCUCGGCGGGCGACGCGAAGGCGGCCAUGGUGAGCACGGUCGGGGCGCUGAAGACGUGGGCGAAGGAGGCCGGCGCGGAGAAGUACAUCAAGGGGCUGUAG